CAGUCCCCCCCCCGCCCAUCCCAAGCCCCCCCCCCAUCCAUCCCGCCCGCGCCCGGCGCGGCCUGGCGGCGGCCGCCAUGAGCAAGCUGGGGCUGUCGUUCCGUGCCAGGGCGCUCGACGCCUCCAAGCCGCUGCCGAUUUUCCGCGCGGAGGAUCUCCCCGACCUGCAGGAGUAUGUGUCCAUCAACCGCACCGUGCCGCAGAUGCCCACGGGCAUGGAGAAGGAGGAGGAGACGGAACACCACUUGCAACGCGCCAUCUCGGCGCAGCAGGUGUAUGGGGAGAAGCCUGAGCACAUGGUAAUCCCCGUGCCAGAGGCGCAGAGUAACGUGGCGUACUACGACGGCCUCUACAAGGGCGAUUUCAAGCGGCCCAAGACCUUCAUCCACCUACAGCCGCUGAGCCUGGAGGUCGAGCAUCCCGACUAUGACCUGGACUCGGAGGACGAGACAUUUGUAAACAAGCUGCGGCGGAAGGUGGACAUCGACCUGAUGCAGUUUGAGGAGAUGAUGGACCGACUCGAGAAGGGAUGCGGCCAGCAGCUCCUCACGCUCCCUGAGGCUCAGCUGCUGCUUCCCGGGGAGGACAGCCUCAUCCGGGAGGUGUUUGAAUACUGGCUGAAGAAGAGGAGGAAGAGCUCCGCCGACUCUCUCAUCCCGACCAUAAAACAGGAGCGGCGUGAUGGUGGAUCCUCCUCAAACAACCCCUACAUCGCCUUCCGCCGACGCACAGAGAAGAUGCAAACGAGAAAGAACCGUAAGAAUGAUGAGGCGUCAUAUGAGAAGAUGCUAAAGCUGCGGCGAGACCUGAGCCGUGCCAUCACCAUCUUGGAGAUGAUCCGGCGACGCGAGCGCAAUAAGCGCGAGUUGCUCCAUCUUACCCUGGACAUCGUUGACAAGAGGAACACGGCCGGCGAUUACGACGGCGCCAUUCUGGGCGAACUGCUGGCCCAGACGCCAGCAGCCAAACCCGUGUACACUGGGCCCAUGCUGCUCUACAACGGCAGCCAGUACCGGCACACGGAGCUCCUCAACAACCGGCUGCACGCUGAUCUGGUCGGGAAGAGGCCACUUGCUGAUGGGCCACGGCCCAAGCGGAAGUACGAGAAAAGGAAAUACAAGACGCUGAGCGUGGGUGGGGGGACGCCCGUCGGGCCCCGCGGCUCCCCGCGAGGUCUUGGGACAGCCCCCCCUUCCUGCCCCGUGCGGGAUGCAAACCAAUAUGACUUCCCCAGCUCGGAGGACGAGGCGCCACCUACGGUGAGCGCUUCGGCCUCGGAGGGGGAGGAGGAGGAGAUGGACCCUGACGCAGUAUUUGUGUUCCGCCGUGCGGCUGGGUGCAGCUACCUUGCACCGCGACCCUUGCGAGGGAAGGACGCCGACUCGGCAGGGCGAUGGGAAUUCGACGGAGCCUUCGACGGCGAGGAAUUCCCGCCCGGCGCUCGACGGCGCACCGAUUCAAGCGUCGGUGUGGCCAUUGCUUCGCCGACGGUGGGGGCUUUCGUGUCCGCAUCAGUAGAGGGGAGCAGGCUCCCGGUGUCACCGCCGCGGCUCGCGGGGCCUGGCCAGCAGACGCCAUACUACCUGGCCUCACUGCGCCAUCCUCAUCGCAUCGUGGGGCUGGCACGCAGGCGUGUGGGCCGGGGCGGAAGAAUGCUGCUCGACCGCUUACACACGCCGCUGGACAAGCUGCUGCAGCAGCUGAGCCCCGACGACCUGCCAGGGUGUGGGAGCCCCCUAGGAGACGAUAACGGAGCCUCCUCUCCCCCCCAUGCUGCCGCCUCUUCAUCAUCACCCGCAAGACGGGCCCCAGCGACCACCAGCCUCCAUCCCACUUCCUGCGAUCGCCUGAUGCCGGAGGAUCUGAUGGCUGCGAUCCGUGCUUGCCGCUGGCGCCACUUCAGGCCUCGGUCCCUGGCCUCCCCGUGCGGCGGAGUUCCACCCGCGCCUCUGCCGGGGCCUCCACAGGGCGGCACGGUGCUGGCGGUUGCCUGCCCACGCACCUUGGCGCCUCGUUGCACAGGCUUCACGCUGGAGCACUACCACAACCACCUGGUGCAGCUGCAGCGGCAGCAGCAGGAAGCGAUGCAGACGUCAGGUCCGGUGCAGGGUAGCAGCGCACAGUCGUCGCGGACUCUGGACUCGGAGAGCGCACAGUUCGCUGUGUCGGCCGUGCUGGGGGGUGCGGAGUCUGUGGCCCCCCCGCCUGUGGCAGCGGUGGCGCGAGCGGUUGUGGCUGCGGUGGGGGGGGUGCGUGGCCGCUCCCCCAAGGAGGUGGAGGGCGGCGUCGUCCUGCCCCCCCCCACGCAGGUCAACGGGAUCCUUCAGCCUCGAGGAAUGUGCAAGCUCCCUGUUCCACCCGGCACCGCCGUGGGUACCAUGAUCGAGCUGGUUGGCCAUCGGCUCUCGAGACCCUCCAUGCCGCCGUCCCUCUCCACCAGCGUCACCAGUGUCGCUACCAUCGUCACCUCCGCUGCGCACGACCAGCCAGUGCUCUGCGCUGCCGCGGUGCCUACGGGUGGCCUCGCAAAGUCGCCGCACCUCAACGGCAUCCAGGCGGUGCCGGUGGUGCUUGCGCACGCGCCCGCCCGGCCGGGCAGUGCCCCCCUGCUGCUCAACGCCCGGACUUUGGCGGAGUCGCAGACCGCGGCCAGCGGUAGGACUUUAACGCCCGGCACGGUGGUGACACUGCCCUCAACCCCGCCGCCUCCACCUCCUCAGCAGCAGCUGAAGCUGCCAUCGCACGGCCUGGGCGUGAGUGGGCCGGUACCUAAGGUGGCGGCCCCGCUGCCUGUAGACGGCCUGGCUUCCAGGUGAAGGAACGCGGCUCGCCAGCCCCUCGUUUGGUGACCCCGUGAGCGUCUUGUCAUCAGCAAUAAGCAGUGCGUGCCGCGCCAUGCUAGGACAUGACAGCAUUUUUAUGGAUGGACUGUGAUGUGUGUGUUAAAAGAAAAAAAAUAUUUUCCAUUUUAUUAACUUAUUUCAAUAAAGAAAAUUGGCAUUUGUGCUCUAUGGUCUAAAACUCAAAACAAACUUUCGAGAGUUAAUUUAUUUCUGGCUCUGCCUCCUGCAGUAAGACUCGAGGAGUAGACUGCCACUUUUAAGGUGUCAGACAUCCCAGUGGCAACAGAAGGAAUGUGACAGAUGUUUGUGCGAGAUCGUUUUUGUCGAUGCCUGCAGGAGGAUCUACCACCUGCAACUACCCCGGUUUUGUUACAGGAGCUGCUAAGAGAUUAAAAUGAUAUGAAAUAAAUAAAUAAAAAUUACAAAAAGGAAAAAAAUGCUAGAAAAUAUUUAAAAUCCAUAAUGUUACUUGAACGCUAAACAUUUACUGUUGAGAUUUGCACUUGUUUCAAUGUGAAAAUGACAUUAAGAGUAUUUAAUAUUGCGCUGCAUAUUGAUUGGUCAUCGGAUAGAUUCCCUCAAUCGGGAAGGUGGUGAUGACGGUCUCAUCACCCUUGUGAAAUUCCCAAGCGCAAACUGCAACUUUGAGCCGUGGAACGUCAUGAUCAUGAUUAUAAAGAUUUCUCAAGCAUAAAAACAAUUGUACAUUUGACUGUCUGUAAAUGUCCCAGUGAACUACACAAAGGGUAUUUUCCCCGCACCCGCCCCCUACCCUCCAAAUGUUGGGCUAAUUGUGAAAUUCAGAGACUUGUCUGUAAAUUGGGGUGGAAUUGUUUAGUACAAAAGAGAAAAAUCGCAGCCAUUUUCGGUCCACGAUCGGUGUCUUCAUUGCCCUUUGGUUACAUUUGGUCUAACCUGCAAAAAAGUGGCCAAAUGAAUGCGAACUUUGUGAGGCUUGCGUGGUGUUUUAACACAAGAGACUUUGGCUUUUUCUCAUUUUAAUCAGAUCACAUGAUUUCUAUUUUACCAUUUUAUGAAUACGUCAUACAUUCUUAAGGGAUUAAUUGUGUGAAAUAUUCCUCCCUUUACAGUAUCACACCCCCCCCCCCCCCCCACCAUUCAAUAUUGCCAUGUUUUUAGUAGGCAAGGUGCGCAGCAUCACAGAAUGACUCAUGUUUGUUAUAAGACAGAUCAUCUUUAUCUGGCUGCUAAUGAGUUUGACAUGCAUGCUUUUUUAUACACGCACUCGUAAUUCAAUGUUUUUUGACCAGACAUUCCUUUUAUGAACGUCCUUGAUGCAAAAAAACUUAAGACGAACAACAAGCUGAAAAAACACGAGAAAACCCCGUCAGAAAUAAGAGGAAAUAUUUGCAUCAAUUUUUUUUUUCCAGUUGGACUGAGACUGGAGUCUGAAUUCCGAAGCGGAAGGAAACACUCUCUUCAGUGAAGAGUUCUCGCGAGCGAUUCAACCGCGAGGGUUACCGUUACUACUGUAUGCUGGUCAUGUUUCUGGAGUUUUUGUUUUUGUUACUUUCCGUUUUGUAUGUUUGAAAUAAACCCAAAGCAUUACACAA